AUGAAUGCGCAUACUGACCACCAGUCGGUGGAUGUUGCGUCCGGAAAGCCAGAUACGAAGCUUAUGAAUGCGCAAGCUGGCCACCAAACUGCGGGUGCCGCGUCCAGAAAGCCAGAUACGAAGAUAUCAAACGCGCAAGCUAGUCACCAAACAACGGAUGCCGCGUCGGCCAAGCCAGACACGACGAUCAUGAACGCAAAAGCUGACCACCAAACUACAAAUGCCGCGUCGGCCACGCCAGAUACCAAGCUCAUGAAUGCGCAUACUGACCACCAGUCGGUGGAUGCCGCGUCCGCCAAGCCAGAUACGAAGCUUAUGAAUGCGCAAGCUGGCCACCAAACUGCUUUUGUGGAGUUGAGAAAGGACAAAAUAUCCGAAAACGAAUCCCUGGAAUCUGAACAGUUUUCGGCCUUGGCACGUGAUCACUUUAAUGAGGAUGAUCUGAUCAAUGUGCUAGCCCACGCCGCGGAAACUAAUGAGAAGACUAAGGAGUGGUUAGCUAGUGGCCAAACUGCGGAUGCGGUGUUCACGGAGUUGAAGCUGCACGAGAAAACGGUCAAACUUUCCCUAAACCCAGUCUUUUUCACGUGGCUCGCAUUCCUCGCUGCAAAGGGCUCAGAAUCCGUGAAAUACGAAAUGUUUUCGACCUUGGCAGGUCAUUUCUCUGGUAAUGAACUUGACGAUGCGCUAGCGUUCGCGGCAAUGUAUGACCUGGAGAUUCGAGAAUGGAUUGCUCACCCCAAAUUUACAAAGCUUCUGACGCAUAAUCUGCCUGAGCUUGCAAAAAGCGAUGAUCCUUUCCAACACAAAGACUUUCUCAGGUUGUAUGCUUCUAUCGCUGCAGGCGACAAAAUUAAUUUGCAAAGGGAUAUGAGCUUGUUCAUAAAAUCAGUUUCGACUGAACGACAAGGUUAUGGAGAACUUCUAGUUGAGGGAUCCUACAAUACGGUAGUGAAUCACAUCUUUAUACCUCUACUAAAGUCCCAAGUUGUAAAUUGGUCAAAGUGGGGCAUAAAAGAUUGGCAAAAAACAUUUAUCCAUUUAAGGCUUGACAGAGAGAAAGGGGGUCCACUGUUUGAGCGACCUCAGCUGAAAAUUUUUGCAGAUUACAUGAAACUUCCCGAUAAUCCUGCGAUGAUAGACCAGACUUAUGACGACAUGAAGGACACAUUUAAAGUAAUGAAAAAGGUAUAUGGGACCAAGAAACUUCGCACAUUGAUUGAUGCAACAACCAAUGACCCUUACGGACUUGCAGCGAAAAUGGGAAUCUUGCUAAGUCAACCCGAAAAGAAUUCAUUACGCAACAUCGUGGGAUCUAUUUUCCAACUCAAGAAUGGUGGCAGGUAG